AUAUGCCAGAUCCUGAGCUCACAAGGCACAACCGCAGCCACCAUCAACUGCUCAUCACCCUCACUCAGGACCCGCCAUCAUGAAGACUAUCGUCCUCGCCUGCCUCGCCGUUGUGGCCGUCGCCAGCCCGCAGUUCCGCAAGAGCGAUGCUAGCCAGGCCGCCAUCUUGAAGGACAUCCGCUCCGACGACGGCAAAGGCAACUUCAACUACGAGUUCGAUACCGAAAACGGUAUCUACACGAACGUGGUCGGCCGGACGGGGUCCAAAGGCCAAAGCAACAUCGAGGGGUCGUAUAGGUUCACACUUGAUGACGGCACUCGUGCUGAGGUCCGCUUCGUAGCGGACGAAGGGGGCUUCCGCGCUGAGUCUCCCCUGAUCCCCACGCCCCACCCUCUUCCCGACUACGCCCUCGAGCAGAUCGCCUUUGCCCAGUCUCAACGCGGACGGGACGCUGCCCAGGGAGGACGCAGAAGGCCAUAAUUGAACCUUUGGACAUCAUCUUCCACCACCACAAUGACCUCGUCCACAGCUUCCCUUGGUACUCACAUCUCUUGGCACAUUCUUCAGAAGACGCUACGAAGUGCUUACGUCAGCCACAGACACAAGAGGAUCAUUCCGUGGGAUGUUCCCGGCACUUACGUCGAGUGGGAUGUCCCAGCACUCACGUCAAAUCCAGCGAGAACACCUCACGACCAGAUCAUCCUGAUGGGCAUCUCGUGACUCUUGUAAAUAGCUAAUGAAUGUGGCUUUAAGGGGGCAUUAUCCGACAUGCAAUAUAUAAUGAGCGAAAAUACACUGCUUGCAAUGCACUUGUAAUAAACAUCAUGCACAUUU